AUGAGUGCUCAAUCCGAUGCUUUGAUCGAAAUAGAGAAGGCAUACUUAAUCGUCUUCCACUUUACCCAGUACAUCGAUCCAGUGUCCAAAAUGGUGCUGCCUUGGCCGAGCGUGUAUCAGGCCGCCUUGGCAUACUGGGGGUCGUACCCUGGUCCUGUCGCCGAGGAGGUCAUUGGAUUCCUCGACUUUGCUGACCAAGCCAUCGAGGAGUGUUCGCACUCAGGAUUUGUUUCCCUUAUGACUCAUCCUUGUAAUAAUAGACUCCGUAAAGUCCCGAUUCGGCGACUCUACGAGUCAUUUGCUGGCUCUUCCGACGGUCGCCAGCAGCAACUCGCCGCGGAAUACGAAGAGUACAAUAGGGAGAUGGCUACCCCUUCGUCACGUACAUCGGUUCAUCCCCACAUCCUAUGCCAUAACCGUCCCGACCCCCGGUCGUCAACCACUAAUUCCUUUACUCGUCAACGGGAUUUUUGUCGAAACCAAAAUCGACACCGGCGCGUCCAUUUCAUAUCUACCAGAGUCGACGGCAAAAAGAUUGAGCCUGGUACCAAAAUCGACGUCUACAUGUUGUCAGUUCGAAAUCGCUUGGCGACAAACCAACUGGAGAGAAUCAGCCCAACAGCCCCAAAAUACCAACUUUUUAACGAUGUUCUGUGCAUCGAAUUCCAGAAAAAACCAGGAAAAUUUGGCGCCGGUGUGACGCGUUUCGCGUGA